UAUGAUAACGAUGCCACGUCCUUUUGACGUUGCCAUCUUCUUCCUGCUCCCUCCUCGAACAAAUCAAAUCAAAUCAAAUCAAAUCAUCCCUCUCAUCGCCGCGAAUUCUCUGUUUAAUCAUCUCCGGCGGCUGAGAGAAAAAUGACCCCGGCGAUUAAAGCGCCUCUAUUACCUAGCCACGACCCUUCCUCAUCAUCACCACCCGAGGAGAAGCACGGCUCGUUCGCCGGAGCAAUCUUCAACGUCUCAACGAGCAUAGUCGGAGCCGGGAUCAUGUCGAUUCCCGCCGCGUUCAAAGUCCUCGGCGUAAUCCCGUCUCUAUCGAUAAUCGUGAUCAUAGCGUGGCUCUCGAACGUGUCGGCCGGGUUUCUGAUGAAAUCCACGGUCGCCGGAGAUGCGACGACUUACGCCGGCGUGAUGAAGGAGUCGUUCGGGAAGCCUGGAUCCGUCGCUGUUCAGGUUAUCACGAUGGUGGUGACGUUUGGGUCAAUGAUCAUUUUCUCUAUUAUCAUAGGUGAUGUUCUCUCUGGUAAUGAAAAGGGAGGAGUUAUACAUUUGGGUCUUCUUCAAGGAUGGUUUGGUUCUCAUUGGUGGAACACGAGAUUCUUUAGUUUGUUAUUCAUCUUCGUCUUCCUCUUCCUUCCCUUAGUCUUAUGCAGACGCGUUGAUAGAUUGGCUUUAAGCUCUGCGAUCUCGUUUCUGCUUGCGCUAUUCUUUGUUAUCAUAAGCUCCGUGCUAGCGAUUGUAGCACUCGUGCAAGGGAGAACAAAGAGUCCAAGACUCUUCCCUGAUCUCAACAAUGGAGGACAGUCUUUCUUCAACCUCUUCACUGCUUCACCUGUGAUUGUAACAGCCUUUACGUUUCAUUUCAACCUCCAUCCGGUUGGAUUCGAGCUCAAAGAUCCAUUACAAGUGCUUUCAGCAACAAGAGUCUCUGUGAUUUUAUGCGCUACGAUCUACUCAGCGACUGGUCUCUUCUGUUACCUUCUCUUUGGGGAUGCAACAAUGACUGAUGUUCUUAUGAACUUUGAUGAAAGCUCCGGUUCUUCAAUAGGUUCGUUGCUAAACGACAUCGUUAGAGCCAGCUACGCGAUUCACCUCAUGCUUGUGUUUCCUCUGCUCAACUUCUCCUUGAGAGCCAACCUCGACGAGCUAUUGUUCCCUAAGAAGGUUUCUUUGGUGAAUGACAAUAAAAGAUUCUUCGGACUCACUUUUCCAUUGCUCAUAUCUUGUUUCUUGGCUGCUAUUGCUAUACCGGACAUUUGGUACUUCUUUCAGUUCUUGGGAUCAACUUCUACUGUCUCUAUAGCAUUCAUCUUUCCAGCUGCAAUUGUCUUGAGGAAUGUGAAUGGUAUCUCAACGUUGAAAGAGAAGAUUGUUGCUUCAGUAAUGUUUGCUCUUGCUGUUGCCACAAGCAUCAUUGCCAUUUCAACAAACAUAUACAGCUUCACAGAAACAGAAGAAGCAUUAAAUUUUUUAAGCAGUCACAGUCUCUUCAAGAAUCUGUAAAGAUGGUAGGAGUUUCAAGAUUGCAUUGUAUUUUUUCAUAUGAAUGUAAAAUAGGUUGUGAAUGAGUGGUGUAAUAGCAGAACUUCAGGAAUUGGUAUGUUUGUAUUGGGGGAAAAGAUUGAAUCAAACAAAUAAGAAGAUUAAAUAUUAUUUCUUUGCUUA